CUUCUGACAUUACGGAGGAUAACAUGGCUUUGUUGUCAUCGUAAACGAUGUCGUGUGUCUCGUAGAGCCAACUGAUUUCUAUUAAUAUAUUUAAUUAAAUUAAUGAAAGCAUGGCACGCGCUUGAGUGGGUUACUAUUUUAUUCAUCAGCCUAGAUGGACAUGUCAUUCUCAGUUAACGUUCGUGUAAAGUGAAAGCUAUGGCUGGUGCUGUGCAGGAGGUUAGGAAUUCUCUGUCAACAGACAGUAAAGGACAUGCUGCCGCGAAAACAUCCAUAUCAUAUGAAGAGAUUGCUACUAAGCUUUUAAAUGAAAAACUUUUAUUAACUGCUUUGGAAUUGCACGCUGAACUAUGCGAAGCUGGAAAAGAAUUACCUGUUUUGAAGGAUUUUUUCUCAAACCCAAGUCAUUUUGAAAGUCACAAUGUCAAACCGGAACCAUAUACUUCUAUGCAGAAUGUCCUCGAGUUACACAGUGUCAAGUUACAUGGAUUCAUAGCUAGAUCAUCUAGUCAGGCUACUUUAGAUUCACUGGACAUGACAAGAUACUCUGAAGAUGGUGGAGGUGUCGAUGAAAGAGUAGCAAUUUUGGAAUUUGAACUAAGGAAGGCCAGAGAAAAUAUUUCUGCACUUCGUGCGAAUCUCACAGUAGUAACAGAAUCUGAAGGAACUACACCUGAUAAAUGUUCUGAUAAACAUUUAAUUAACGAAUUACCCAUAAAGCCUCACGAGCAACGAGCUUUGAACUUCCUUGUUAAUGAAUAUUUAUUAGCGCGGUCUUACAAAUUAACGUCGAUCACGUUUAGCGAUGAAAAUGACAAUCAAGAUUUUGAAGAUUGGCAAGAUGUAGGGUUGAAUAUUCCAAAACCUGCAGAAUUAUUACAAAUUUACAGAGAAUAUAUGAGGGUUAAUGGAUAUGAUAAAUCACCUUCUGCAAGUGUUAGUGUACAGACGGACUUUUGUGUAGAAGAAUCUGAAGCAGAAAAAGAUGAAUUCAAGGAAAUGGUAAAAGAAGUAGAUGAGCUUAAACAACAAAUUGCGCUAUUAGAGCAAGAAAAAGUGAACUUGCAACAAAUUAUCGCCACAACAAAUGAAAAUUUAUCACAAAACCCAGUUAAGCAAGGUAGUAGCGGAACAAUACAAACGUUAAAUUCAAGUUCCACAACUCCAGAUAAGUUUGAACUUCUUGAAACACCACCUCGCGAUACAUCUACCGCGACGCAAGAACCAGAGGAAGAUGAUAGCGUAUCCGUCGUUGUUAGUCUUGGCGAGACUGAUCCUGGCGAUAAAGAAUGGACGAAAAUUCAAUUACUUAGGAUGGACGUUACGGAAGGAUCGGCUAUUCUGCCAAAUCCACCAUCUAGACAUUUACCACUGAAAUUUAAGGUGGAAGUGAUCGCGCAUUGUUUAGUCAAUAUUCCAAGUUCUAUAGUUUCCACGGCGGAAGAUCCUUUCAAAAACGGAGUUACACGUGACACUCUCGUUCAAAUUUUAGCACAAACCUUACCUCGUAUCGUACCCAAUGUUAUACUCAAUAAGCGCGAAGAAGUAAUACCAUUAAUAUUAAGCGUGAUUCGACUUCAUACCGAGUCUGCGGAGAGAGAAAAAUUACUACAACUUUUGUUCAAUCUCAAGAAGAGACCACAGGAGGACGAAAGACAAUUAAUAUUAGCGGGUUUAGUUGCAAUGGCAAAACUUGAGGAUGAACCAAUGGAAGGUGAAGAAAUAUUGACCAUUUGUUGGGAACAAAGUCAACACAAGUAUCCUGAAAAGAGAUUGCUAGCUGUCGAAUGUUGUUCCGUGCUAGCUCCGUAUAUGUCCGUUGGUAUAAGGAACUCUUUAAUGCUCUCUAUGCUACAACAAAUGUUACUCGAAGAUAAAGAUCCUAUGGUCAGAGCUUGCGUGGUUAGAAGUCUUGCGUUGCUCAUAGCUUUAAUGGAUGACCCUGACAAAUAUUUUCAGUGCGAAGAGUUAGCAUUAACAGCACUUCACGAUACGUCGCCUAUUGUCGUAGACGUCACGUCUUCUUUACUUCUACCAAUCUUAGCUCAGUGGGCGCUGUCUUUAAAGAGACUGCAGACUCAUCUAUUGCCACGUAUAAUAUCUAAAGUAAAGAACCAUUUGAAGUCUGGACAUUCACAGCAUUCGCCAAACAAAGACCACGUCGAUGAAGGAAGAACGGUGUCAUCGAUUUUAGUAUUGCAAUACUUGCUUCCGCAUAUGAUUGUAUGCGUGGCCGAUACCGAUACAGUUAGAGCGUAUAUCGAACAUGGAAUGUCGUCAGACUUACCCGAUGUACUCCUGAACUUGUGCCAUUCCAAUAUCGUUAAUCCGAAAGUAUUUUACGAUGGUGAUGUUGAUGUAGGAGCUCUUUUAAACACAUUUUAUUCAAAUACCUGGGAGAACGAUACGUGGCCAGAAUUGGAGUGGUUCACUAAUACAUUAGUAACGGAAAUUUUGGAAAUGGUAAAAUCCAUAGAAAUUACACAAGAAGCCAUUUUACAUGCCCUUCUAAUGUACAUUCAUUAUUUAUGUUUGGGCUUUGGGCGAUAUAUCACGCAAACACGGAUUCAAGCAAUAUUCCUAUCCGAUGUGGCCGAACUUGAGCAACAGUUGACGAUACUGUCGGCAGAUAAAAAAAAUAUGUGCUUGACUUUGAUACCGACAUACUUAAUUCUGUUGUCUACUUUGAAUGGUACAGAGGUUUCUAAGACGUUGAAAGAGUUCCUUGUUGCUUUAUCUAUGAGUGGUACCAGUAUUACUAGUUUACAAAUCGCAGUAAUUAUGUUGUGUGCUGAAGAGCAUAUGCAGGAGUUUGUCCUUAGUGGUUUAUGGGAUGGGGUAGUGCACCAAAGACCUAUUGUAAGAUGCGCAACUGCAACAUUAUUUGGUUGCGUAAUAGCUCACGUUUGCGAUCGGUUAGCAAGCGCUAAGGUAGUUCCAGCAAUCAUAACACUCGUUAGUGAUCCUGAUGUAACUGUCCGAUGCGCUGCAAUUCCUUCGCUUGGUCGUUUAAUAACGGAGUGUAAAGUGAGAGAGAUGCGCGAUAAAGCACGUUUAACUUUAGAAACAAUUGCUAAAGAACCUCAAGGUAUUCCACCAACUUUAGCACUUCCGUUGGUUUCAACAUUAGCAUUUAUUGCUCCAAAUUGCCCCCAAAAUUACAUUGAAGAUGUUAUAGCUACACAGUUAACUGGAAUAGCUUCAGCAGCAUUGCAACAAGGUCGAAAAGUCGAUCUGGUCAGUGCUUUGGUUGAGGCAUAUUCCGUUCUGGUUUAUUGUCCACUUAGCAAUCAGUGUGUUUCUAAUGUCUUACUGCCAGGUUUGAAGAACCUCGAGCAAUUAGUUAACCAAUAUUUACCUCAACAGAAAGAAGCGGUACGAUCGCUUCUAAGAGAAGCAGAAUCUCGACAGGAUCUUACAAAGCCAGCGGAAUGGUCGUUAUCAAUGAAUCCUGGUCUUUCAUUAUCAAUGGCCACCGUAAAUGUAGGACAAGGUGUAGAAGAUAUGAGACAAAGAGUGAGCAAGAUAUUUCACCAGAAAACUAAUUCGUCAAACAUGUCAAGUAUUUUCCGAAAAAAAUAAAAUUAAAUAGUUGUUCGAUUGUAUUUAUAGGUUAACGUUUCUCGUUCUACUUUACGAAAUUUUUUUUAGUUUUAUCAUUUCAAUACUCGGGCAUCUAACAAUUUUUGUACUUAUGAAUUUAACGGUACAAGGUAAUGCACAAAACUUAUAGGAAUCAGCAUAUAAUAUUACAUAAGUAUUAUUCGUUAUAACUAAGAUAUUAAUUUGAGGUUAAAACUUUAAGAUUUAUAAUGAACAUCGCUAUAGAAUGGUGUGCCUUUCAAAAUGCAAUUUAAGAUCGGAAGUUCGUAAAAUUAAAUUUUGUUGAGGAUUAGAGAUUACAGAAUAUAAGAUGAUAAAAGUCAAUAAAUAAUAUACUAAUUUCGACUUUCACAUGCACAAGUAAAUAUAACACUGAAUUAUACCGAGGUAAUUGUAACACGCUUUGUAAAAUUACUUAUUUUAAAAAAAUUAUAUUAAGUGAAAUAUUACAGCUUGUUAUUUAUAUUAUAUGAAGUACAGUAAAUUUAUUAAAAGAAAUCUCAAACUACUA